GUGCCCAGUCUCCCUUUAGGUACUCGUUACAAUGAACAAAUGAAAGUAGGGUAGGGUGCAGGCUUGGUUCAGCAACACAACUUUAACCUUGGUGCUAAUGUAAAGCUAAUAACGGAAGCUCAGUUUGCUGCUUGGUGUUUGGAACUGAACAAGUUUCUAGCAAACGAACAGAAUGUUCAACGUAAUGAAAUCAAGUUGUGUGAUGAAGCGAAGAUCAAGUGGGAAUUGGAAACUAUUAUUUAGCGAGGUGUUUUGCUGUAACUUGCGAGCUGAUCCAUUACUGAGCCCAAAGAAAAGUCUGAGUUAUGAAACUUUCACAUACAAUGCUGCAGCAGAAAAUGAAGACAAUGAAGUGGACCAGUAUGACGAUGAUAAAGAUACAACUGCACAAAAAAGUGGAAACGAAAAUGAAACAAAAUCAAUUGUAGAGCAACCGAAACCUGCGUUGGAGCUUGGUUUAUCACCCAGCCAACCCAACGCACCAGCAGUACUCGCACCCUCAGAUACAAAUGGUUCACUAUAUGAUGACUUAUCCAUCAAAGGAAAGCGUGAUUCAAAACUUGCAAGUCACUUCAAUUUGGCAGAAGCUACUUUCGCAUCUGAUUCUAAAAGCAGUGGAAUCUGUAGCUUGCUUUCAUCGGAACCAACUUCCAUGGACUUUACAGAAAGUUUAUCUCGAUCGAAAUCCACUGAGUCUGGCGUUCACUCUGGUGGGGAGAAUGAGGUGGAAGAAGAAGAUGUGAAAGUAACGGAAGCGUCUGUUGAGGCAUCCGAAAACACCCAGAAGGAAAUAGUUAUUUGCGAAGAUGAAGUUGAUAAAAUCGCAAAAGUUUUGGAAUCUGUUGACUUAAUUGGUGAAAACAUUGCUGCUACCACCAGUAUAUUAGCGCAUGCUAUUGACGUCGAUGAAUUGGAAUCAAAACUCUUUGAAUCGGCAAGCAUUGUAGCACCAAUAGUGUGCAAGCAAACCACCACAGAUGAGGAACUCCUUCAAGUCAUCUCGCAAUGCUCGUCACCACUAGAUGUCCUCGCAUGCGUCCACCUUCACUCAACAACACUAAGCCCGAUUUUAUCAGUGGCUUGCAUUCACCACAUCUAUCUGAAAACUUUGGCAAAAUAUCCACGCAACUCAACAGAGUAUAACAAGCUCUGUGGUGAAGUUCUAACAAACCGUGAUUUCCGUGACCUUGUGUUCAUUAUUGAGACAAACGUGAAGUUCAUGAACAACUUUGCCCUGCUUACUGCAGCAUCUGACUUGCUCUACCUGCGUUUAACACUAAAGCAAUCCACCAUACCAGUUCUGUUGUCGCAUAUUGAAUUUGAAAGCAUGGAUUUAGAUGAGCUUCGUUUGCUUGCAAGUUGCCUCCACACCCCCAACAUAUCAUUAAUCAACUCUGAAUACAUGUAUAAUGUAUCGGCAUCAGUUGCUAUGAGGUGUAUUGACCAAAUACAAGAUCUAUAUACACUCCUUAACAUCAUGAAGUGCUUUGGAAGAUAUUUCACAAACGCUGCAAAGCGCAAGUGUGAGGGAGGAGUGGCCGGUUUGUCCACCGAUCUUGAGAUGCUUCAUCCAGAUGGAAGAUCUAUGGCUGCUCAUAUGUUUGAUGCGUUCUAUCGUAUGGAGCACGCACCAGCGAGGCCAUUGCUACAGAAAGCAAGCGAUGCUAUUACAGAUGGGAAUAUACCAGUCCAACCACAGGAUAUAUCAGCUGUUCUUCGCUAUUGUGUGAAGUUUGGUUACACCAUACAUGGUCACAAGCUGCUGGAUGUUUUAAGCAAUGCUAUUUAUGAACGUCUGCCCUUUGAACAUGCUUCACAGUUCACAACUAAUGUGAAAUGGUUGACGGUGUUUUAUUAUUACAACCAAUCAAUGUUGGAAAGAUUUGUAGGAGCUGUUAAGAAGAAUAUGGCAAACUUAGACUUUGUUGCAUUGAGUGACAUACUGGAUUCAUUGGCACAGGUUUACUUUUUGCCCAAAAACGCAGAGGAAUUCUUUGAGCAACUUCACAUGGAGAUGUUACGUAAACUACCAACACUUAAGACAAGCCAUGUUCAUAAUGCUAACAGGAAGUUGCUGCUCACUGCUUUCCACUUCGCUGUGUUUGGAAGAUAUCCUGAAACUCUUAUUAAGCUAACAUUAGAGGAUAAGCAGUUCAUCAACAACAGAAGUGGUUCAAGAUUUUUCAUGAAAGAUCUUUGCAAAGCAGUUAGCAUUGAGCGACCUGACCUUUUGCCUUCUUCUAUUCCAUCUGAUUUGUUCAUGGAUGCCAAACCACCACAGAUAUAUGCUUUUGAGAAGGAUGUUCGUCACUUCCUUACAAACUUGGUUGGUGGAUAUCACAACUACAACUUAAUAUCCUCCCCUGUUCGUAACUUCCCAGUGUUCCUGCUACGUAUGAGGUUGGAUGGUGAGCUUCUACCAGCUACACGACAUCCAUCUUUCAUCCCACCGCACAUGCACCAGAUGAUCCAAAACGUGGCUGUGGUUCCCCUCCCAAGAUCUCGUUUCUGCAUUGAUUCUCGCCACGCCAUCGGCAAAACACGGCUAGUUCUUCGCUUGUUGCGCGCCCAAGGUGCUCGUGUGGUAGUGGUCCCUCACUUUGAGUGGGAUGGUCAGUCCAGCGCACGAAAGCUAAGUCUUCUACGCACCAAGAUCUUCAUGCAGCGAGCUGAUGACGUCGUCGAAUAGCAUGUUUCUCUAUUGUUCUAUCACUGUCCUAUCUGUUGUUACCUUCAUCUUAUGCCAGUUUAAAGUUGGUUUGGGCACUGGGGUGUAACUUUAGCCCUUAAUAGAAACUUGUAUGUUUAAAUUCCCAUUUUAACUCCGCCAAGAGUUGAGUUUUAGCUAAAAUCCAGAUUGCAAUGAUGCCUUUGAUAUCUGAAUUCACUUGUAGCUCCUGAUGAUCUGAUUCUAGAAAUCCGUUCCUGAACUACACCUACUUUACCUACCGUUUAGUAAUAACUAGGUUCUAUACCCCAGUUUCCCACCAUGUUAUUCUGGCCUUGUUUUUUGUUGUACUACUGCCAACUUCAAGUGCAAAUAUUGUACCUUCUCUAUGCUGCUAUACUUAUUCUCUAUUGUUCUACCGCAUCAGUGUUGUCCAUCCUGCACCCCCUGUGAUGUUUCUUUGUUAAAGAUAAAUGAUGUUCGUUGAA